UAUUAGUUUUCAAUGGCGUCACUGUGCUUUUUUCCUUCUCCAAUCAAUACUGUGGUGGUUGUUAGUUCUCUCUUCUCAGAUGCUAUAGCAGGCUGCAGCCCCCUUUUUACCUCCCUCCUCCCUCUCUCGACAGGGAGAAAUUCUUAGGGGUUUCUUCGAUUUCCGUUCUGCUGAUAGAAAUUUAUGCUUUGGCGGAAUGUGGUGGCAACUGCCGCUCUGCGCGUUCAUCGCUGUCGUGCCGGCGGCUGUGGCAGUUACGGUGAUUUAUAGAACAGGGAAACGGCCACCUAGGGUUGUUGAGCUGUGGACGCCGAGCUGGAGAAAGAUCAGCCCUUUCUGGUUGCUGGUCUAUCGCGGCCUCGUUUUCCUGGUCAUGUCCUGGAUGCUGAUCCAGACGGUCCUUAUUGACGGAGCCUUCUCCUUCUUCUUCUACACUCAGUGGACGUUUACACUAGUCAUCAUCUAUUUUAUGAUUGGUACUGUCAUUUCUGCUCAUGGUUGCUGGAUAUAUUCAAGAACACCUAUUACUGAAAGUGAGGAGGCUAAUGGCUUCCUUAAGGGUGACCUGGUAAAUAGUAAUGCACUAAACUUGACUCUACGAGCUGAUAAAGACAGGGAAGAUACCAGAUUACCAAACCGUCGCGAAGGACAAAUGCAUGAAAAAAGGGCAGGGUUUUGGGGCUAUCUAAUGCAAAUCAUCUAUCAGAUAAGUGCUGGAGCUGUGAUUUUAACAGAUGUGGUCUUUUGGGGUCUCCUUCUACCAUUCAUGUCUGAUGAGAAUUUAAGGCUUGAUUUGAUAAUGAUCUGCAUGCAUUCUCUAAAUGCCAUCUUUCUUCUUAUCGACACAGCCUUUAAUCGUCUGCCUUUUCCUUGGUUUGGAAUGGCCUAUUUUGUUCUUUGGAGCUGUAUAUAUUUAGCUUUCCAGUGGGUUCUGCAUGCCUGUGGUCUUACAUGGUGGCCCUACCCUUUCAUGGAGCUUUCAACUCCCUGGGCACCUCUAUGGUAUUUAGCCAUAGCAUUGGUGCACAUCCCUUGCUUUGGCGUGUAUUACCUGAUUGCUAAGGGGAAGGAUUCAUUUUUCUCAAAACUCCUCCCGAAUUCAUACAUCAAAUCAUAUUAGAACUGCUUCCCUCUUUUAUAUCCAUGUAAGUUGGAAGAUUGAUCCUUUUGCUGGAGUUCAAACCACUGCAUAAUAUCUGAAAUAUAUAUAAUUGUGUUAAUGAGGGAACUUUGAACUGGAGAGCUGAUCCGACAUCUCAGCUUCUUAGGCAUUUCUGUUUAGUAUGCUGAAUAAUGGAAUUCCCACAAACUUGUUGAUUGAAAAUAUUAUAUUAUGCAUAGUGUUCAUCCACUUAAUUUCCUACA